GAGCACAGCUCCAGCCACAACAUGGACAUAAGGACUCUAGCUCUGCUCUCCAUCCUGCUGGGAACCCUCUGUCUCACUGAGGGAAAACCAGUCAGCUUGGUUUACCGAUGUCCCUGCAGAUACUUUGAAAGCAAUGUGCCCAAAAGCAACAUCAAACACCUUAAGAUACUCUCCACUAGCAACUGCUCCCUGCAAAUUGUGGCCCGCCUGAAACACAAUGGUAAACAGAUAUGCCUGGACCCCAAGACUAAAUGGAUUCAGGAGUACCUGGAGAAAGCCCUGAACAAGUAAGCAGGCGAGAGCAGAAGUGCAGCUAUCACUCCCGGCAUGAAAUGUGUUAAGACAAGUACUUCAUGGGCACCCACACACCUUUCUCACAAUCCUUAUGCUGCCUAGAGACUGAGGGAGCUUCUCUGCUUCAAAGCAGAGCUGGUACUUGACACAAUCAGUGUCCCCGAGGUGUCUCAAAUGCAGAGCAGCAUCUCUGCUUCAUUUCUUUUAAUGUACAGUAGUGAAGGCUGCCAUCUGUACCACUGACCAGCAUAUUCUUCUUUAUUAAGGGUUCAAUGAAGCUUUCCACACUAUAGCCUUUACUACAAUUAUGAAAGACCAAUCUGGUCAAGUCUCUUGCUCUAUAUAUAUAUAUAUAUAAAUAUAUAUAUGCAUACAUAUAUAUAUAUCAUUUAUUUAAUGUAACCUAUGUUGCUUAAUGAACUGUGAUGUUGGGAAGACAAGGCAUGUCAUGCUCAACAGUCAUUUAGUAUUAAAUUAGAGUUUUAAAUGUCAUGGGCUACUGUUUGAAGCAAAGCAGUAGAUCCUACAACUACAACCGAGAGAGAGAGAGAGAGAGAGAGAGAGAGAGAGAGAGGAGACAUGUGCCAAAAAGUGACCAACAUCCAUUGGCACAGACAUUUUCUGGCUAUUCGUUUUGCCAGGUCAUGAUAACAGAAUUCAUAUUGUCCAGAAAUUAUACAGUACAAUACUGGUUUUCUUUGUCCCCAAGCCUUAUUAACCAAUGGAAGACUUCAGAGUAUUCUAAAAAAGGGUUUUCUUAAAAUUGUCAAAUGUGUGACUGUUCAGGUUAAGAGUCUUUUCCUUUCUUAUAUACAAAUGCAUUCAUGGUUAUUUGCUUCCCCCAAAACUUGCAAUACAACUUAAGGCACCCUGCAAGGGCUAGCUGUAGCUAAACCAAACAGUGAGUGGUGUGCAGUGGGCUGUGCUAGGGGGAAACUAAGAAUUCACAGCUGCAUCAUGUUUAAGUCUGUGGUUCAGAGAAAUCCACUCAGCAUCUGGACUCUUUCUCUCACAGCAGCGACAACUGAUUCCCAGCUGCCUGUAGGGUUCAUGCGUAUUUUCUUAACCUGCAUCACAACAUUUACUUUUCUUGCUAAGUCAAAACCUAGCAGGCCAUUGUUCUGUUGAAAACACAGAAAGUAUACUGUUUAGUUAUCUGAGGCCACUGUUAAAAGACAGGAAGAGACUUGCUUAAGUAAUGCGAAUGUUAAACUCAACACCAAAGCUCUGUAUGACAGUUUCUUUAGCACUUCAUUUUUCUUUAUUUUACCCUUUUAAUUCACCAGAUCCCAUGCUUCUAAGCCCUUCCCCUUAAUUCCAGCUAGAAUUCACACAGCAGCUGAAUAUGAAUGAAAAUAUGUAAGCCAACUAUUUAUAGUUAUCCUGCAUACAGAUUAUUAUCACUUGUGAAAUGGUCUCACAGCGAACAAGCAGUUCAUGCACACCUUCUUGUGUUAGUAUUGGUGCUUUCCUUUAGGUACUCCUAUAGAAAUGUAUAGCCACAUGGCAUCUUACAAAAAAAUAUGAACUACAGAAAUUCUUUAAUUUGUUUUCGCAAAUUUUAAGGUGAACAUUUCUAUAACAAGAACCUAAACUAGUUCUCUGUGGCGAUUAUCAUAGAGGACAAUGGAGGAUCGAUUUUGGGUGUUAUGGCAAUGCAUGAUAUGCUACUAAAAAUGCAGCAGGCAAAACACCCAAAAUCUCCUUGUGUGUUGUUGCCAUCUAUGUGGCACAGAUAAAAUACAUAUCUUUUCCUGCCUCUGAGAAUACACAGCAGUGAGUAAAGUAGAUAAUAAUACUGAUCAUGAUGAAAGUAUAUGCAUUGCUCACACAUAAUUCAGUAUCAAUGCUGGAUUAAUGAGUUUCUGAUGGCAGCACACAGUACACAGAAAGAGACUUCAAUCCCUUGUGUCUCUUUUUCAACCAUGAGUAUUUUGGCCACACAAGUGGAUGGCAACAGAUUUUCUUUCCAGCUUGACUAAUUGCAGUCUAAUGGGGUUUCACAACACUCUGCCAGAGGGGCCCCAACAUAAAUGUGUUUUGGCAGAUUUGCCUGACCAUAUUGCUUAUGUAUGUCCAGCAUAAGAGACAAAUAGCAAGAGGUCUCUUUCUUAUCAAAAAAACUUAAAAACUAAGAGCAGUUUACUGAUAUAGUUUAGUUAGAAAAAAGAAGUCAAACAUCUGAAAUCAAUUCUUACACAUAGCCAGCAUGGCAAUAAUUAGAGAGCAGUAAACUUAUUAUUUGCUUAUUCAAGGUAAAAACUGUAAAAGGAGCAGAUUUAUGACCUAUUUUCUAAAUGGAGAAUGCUGGUUCUAUCAUUUUACAUGCUGGUAUGGAUGCUUCUUAGCCAAAAUGCUUGUUUAUUUAACUGACACUUUGUUUGCAAUUUGCACAGUAUCCAACAUUCUGGAUAUCUGGCUGAUUGUAUCUUAUCAGAUGUUAAAGACACGUGGCUCUAUAUCUAUUUCUUUUUAGGCCGUUUGCUGUUCAAUCCAAUGCAUGGUUAAAUAAAUAGAAACCAACAGAACACUUCUGAUAGCAGAUUUCCCUUCAACCCUGGUGCUUUAUAUGUCAUAGACAUUUAGUCCUAGAUUGAUCAUAACUGAUAAUAAUUAGAGACUGGGAAACAAACAUGCCCCCAUUACCCCAUUUUUUGUAGUCUUGGGAUUGAACAUUAGAUAUAGAUUCAAACAUUGUGCCAAUGUGCAUUUUUUUUGCAUCUGCCACUAACACCUGCAUGCUACAUGCCGUUGCUUAAAUGAGCUAACUUAGGAAAAAGGUUGGUGGGAAUGAAUGAACAUCUGGUUAGCUUUUCUGGGCUGCUACAUCCCCCCUUUUACCUUUCCCCCAUUAUAAAUAAUUCCUGAGAUGUUCAGUGGAAUUUUGCUCCUCCCAUUCAGUGUAGCAGGACCCUCUGUGCUUUGUGUUCAUUUCAGCCCUUGACCUGCUUACAGGAUGUGAGUUUGCUCCUGUGCAAGGGACCUUUUUAAUUAAAGAUAGCACACAUGAGCUGCCCUAGAGGGUCAACUAUAGACCAAAUACUGUGAUUGAGAAUAUUCAACCAUUCUUAAUGAAAUACAGUAACCCAACCUGCAUACUAGAUAAGGAAAUAAGGCAUAUAUAAAUAUAAAAUGUAAUUUCCACCUAGGAAUUUUUCAGUGUGUUUUGUCUAAAUACAGCACUGUAGUGUAAGCUGCUCUUUUUAAUCACUUUGCUGAGGCAGUGCAUGAUGCUAAGUUUUAUUAACUACACUACUAUCUCUGGCUGCAACAAUAUCUCAGCUACAAACACAUGCGUGCAAACAUACAGAUAUUGUCUAUGUGGUUCUUGGUAGCAACAUAAUACAAGGUUAAGGAUAUUACAUGAGCAAAAAUGAGGUUCAUACAUGGGAGACAAAGUUUCCUGCCUUGUAAUAGUACCCAAGGGGCACAUGUGUUCUUAUUGUAUUUCGUCUUCCAUAGAAAUGUUGGCUAUAGUUAUUAGUUAAUCAUGCUUUUUCACUCUGAAAUAAUUAAAGUCCAGUCACGUCAGCACUUAACCUUUUCCUACCAGGGUCACUAGGAUUACCCAGUGUAAAACUGAAAUUUGCAGCUGUCAUUUAGCUCCUCGCAACUGCAUCACAUGAACUUCCAUAUAGGUCUUGUAUGAAUUCCUUAAAUACCAGUAUUUUUAACUUUUGAGAUUUUUAAUCCUUGGCCAGAUGAGGUUUGGCUGAUAUUCUAAAAGUAAUGAGCAAUGAGAACAGUGUGUAUUUAAUACAUUUUUAUGUAAUGCUCUGAGAGUACAAAGAUGUGCAGUUCUUGUUUAUUCUAAAAGAAGAAAAGAACAUCUGUAUACAGUAAAUUUCUUAAAAUCUGCCCAAAUUAUUUAUUGGUAAGUGAAAAGAUGACCUGACAUUUCCUUCUGUAGAAACAAAAAUGAUAGGUCAUUUCAGUCUUGAAACAGUCUCAGGCUUAAUGGUACUGCUCAUUUUAUUUAGUCUGCCCAUAGGUCCAUGGAAAAGAAUCAUGACAGGGAGUGUAGAGAUUCUUGACUGGGCUAAUGAGUCAGCAAGUCUGCUUACCCUUAAAGGUGCCUGUAUGAAUAACACCAUUAUAUACAUAUAAUACGCCAACUUAUAUUUUACAGGCUGGCGCAUUAGUUGUCAGCCUGAAAUAAUAUGCAGAUCAACUGGUUUUCAAAUCAUGUUCCUAAGCUUCACUAGAAAUAAAUUCUUUACCGAUAUCAUCACAUCAGUGCAGGGAAAUGAGUAAAUGAAUGUGUAAUUGUUUUGACAGUUUCCUCAUCCACUGUAUGGAACUCAUGAAAAGUUCUGUUAUUGGUAAUCCCUAAGGACAGGUUUGAAAAAAUACUCUACUAGAUAAGAAAUCCCUGUAACUCAUAAAAUAUUUACACCCAUAAGGAAAUCUCGCAUCUCAGUUUAUGCAAAGAUAUAGAUGACAUAUUCUUUUUUUGUACUGCAAGCUGGCCAGACUGCUUAAGAAAAACAUUCUAUGGGGUUAAAAGUUGAUGCAGCCCUUCAGAUGAAGUUCUCUGUAAGCUGUGCACUUGUGUUUAUAUGCACAAGGUUUGAUGUCCACAUAUUUUGUAGGGUGAAAACCCUACAAAUGUAUUCAGACCCAGCCACCUCUCUAAACUAAACUCCAUGAUGUUUCACAUGGCAGUUCUUUGUUAAAACAAGACCAUCACAGUUUUCUUUGUCCAAACAUAUUUUUUGAAUAAUCUACCCAUCAGAUUAAAGAUGUUAAACACUGCUGGUUUCAGGAAUCCAAAAUUAACUACAGGUCGGUAGGUACAUCCUCUUUCCCAUGUGUGGUAUAAGCAAUAUUAUACAGGGGAAAAUGUUUUGGGAAAUCUGCAAUAUAUGAAGAUCUGCAUUCUGCUCUGUAUUGGCCACUAUACAGCUUCAAUUUGUACCAGUAAAUGUCAUACCUGACAGAUGCUUGCAAACUCUUUCAGAUAUUGGAAGUGCCAUAGAUUAGCAUGGCUCUGCCACCCCACAUAAAAAUAAUAGCCUGUUGAAAGCUUUUGCCUCUUAAAAAUAUCUGCUGUAAUUAGAAAAGCAGAAUUAUGCCACGUGUGAUAAAUUCUAUGAGACCAAAAUUGGAUAGCAAUGGUGUUCUUAAUGAUUAAUUGCAUUUGAAGCCCAGGGAGUCCAAGCCUAUGCAGAUUAAUGGUUCCCAUUUUAUGGUCUGCACAUAUCUGGAGGCAUUUACAAAGAGAAAAACAGCCUCUGUAGAAAAUUUACAAUUUUCAAAAAAUUGGAAGCUGGUUGCUUAGCUUAAGAGAAAAAUUGGUUACCAAACCUAGUGUUUUUCUUUGAAUUGAUAUUAAAACAGUGGGUUUUUAUAGCCCACAAUACUGAAAAGUGAUCCGAAUACCCAAAAAGGUUGGGAACCUCUCCCUUAUAAUAGCAUGUGACGGCUAACCUGGGAAUGAUUCAACUGGUUGGCCAUCCUGGAGACACUCAACGAUUGGUAUUGGAAUGUGUCUUCAUUCCGGCAUGAACAAUACUGUGGAAGGCACCAAAACAGACAACACAAGAGGCAUAUUUUGUCAAUGAAAUACUGAAUUUAUGUGCCUAACAUGAAAUGCUUGUAGUUUAACUUUAUUAUACUGCUCCUGGAGAAAGGGGUAUAUUUUUAUUCAUCAGUUUGUUUUUUUAUGUAAAUAGAUAUUAUCUUUGUUUAUCAGAGUAUUCAACCUAUGUUUAAUAUGUUAUAUAUUUUUCUAUUUGUAUGGUAUGAAAAAACACUUUUUAUACUUUGUUUCAGCAAUAAAAUGCUUUUUUUUUA